AUGUCGGGACAAACGCCUCAUUUUUCCAGCUUGCCUGCUGGAUUUGGCACCGACUCGUCGUAUCCUCCGAUGCCCGGCAGUACUCGCAUCACAGCCUCACAGCCAAGACCAUCAGCAGCAGGAGCAGCAGCAGUGGGGGCUGCACCAUCGACAACUGUCUCUCCUCCAAGACCCUAUCGGCCAACGGCACCGCCUCUCCCACCUCUGCCACCUGGCGCUCUCGAAAAGGAGCAGCAGCGUUUGAGGCGGCAGUCGGCUUCCCACUCACCGUCCUCGCCCUCUGCGAUAUCGUCGGGUCUCAAACCGGGUCAGCUCGUCCAUGCUCCCACUCCACCGCCGCCAUCAUCAUCAUCGCAUCCCUUUGUCGGCGGAUUUGCAUCCUCACACCAGCAGCGUACGAGCGCACCUGUCUCUGCGCCUCGCCCUCCUCCACCUCCUCCCUCCAUGCCGACGCCAUCGUAUGGUCUGGCUAACAACAUGCAGGCCAUGUCGAUCCACUCCAACACGCAGGCACCCUCUUCGUCGUCGUUGUCUUCGGCAAGAAGAGCAAGCGCUAACGAUACCUACGCAUCGCACUCCGGACGAAGAACAUCCCAGCCUCAUCCCUUCUCCGCGUCGGCGUCCUCGUCCUCUUCCAACCCGCCCAGUCUAUCCGCGCCCCUCCCAGAUAUGAACUCUCUGGCAACGCAGCGAGACAGGGCUCGGGACGAUAAAUCACUCGUGUCGUGGGCAAAACAGAUCCUCAAGUACGUCGAGCGCAACUUUUCAGAUGGCACCAAGAUCAGCGAACCCAAUCUGGUCAAGUGGACCGACGAAGCCAUCUCCAUCAUCACUCGCAACGCCUCGUCACCGCGACCAGAGGUGGAAGCACUGUACAUUCGCGGCGAUCUGCAAGCAUCCGGCGCGUUCCCCACGUAUCUCGCCAAGAAUCUCAAGGAGGCAUUCAACGACUUUGAGCUCUCGGCGCGAAUGGGCUGGGCGCCCAGCUGGUUCCGCAUCGGACGCGACUACGAGGUGCUCGGCGAUCUGGAUCGUGCAAGAGACGUCUACGAGCGAGGUGUGCACGCUGGCGAUGUUGGAUGCAUCUAUCGCAUGGGUAUGUCCAAUCUGUUGGGCCAGCUCGAGCUGCCCGUCAACUAUGCUCGAGCUGUCGCCAUGCUGGGCGAUGCCGCUGACAAGGCGGACCUCGACACUCCACAACCAGCUUAUAUCUAUGGCAUGCUGCUUGCCGGCGAGUUCUCACACGUCGACAUUCCAUCGCAUCUGCUUCGAUCGCCCAAUACCUCGGUGGCCUCGCUGGAAGCGGAAGCGCGACGACGCAUUCAACGCGCGGCGUACCUCAACUUUGCUCCUGCACAGUACAAAUGCGGAUGGCUCUUCGAAUACGCACAACUUGGAUGUGCCUUUGACCCACUGCUCAGCGUGCAGUACUACAGCUUGGCAUCGCAGGGCGGAGAGAUUGAAGCGGACAUGGCUCUAUCGAAAUGGUUCCUCUGCGGUGCCGAGUCGUACUUUGACAAGAACGAGACGUUGGCGUAUACGUUUGCGGACAAAGCAGCUCGCAGGGGGCUUGCUUCUGCCGAAUUUGCGCUGGGUUACUAUCACGAGGUCGGCGUUGGUACGGCGCCGAAUGUGGAUCUGGCGAGGAAAUGGUACAACAAGGCAGCGGCCAAGGACAACGCCGACGCCAAGGAGAGGUUGCAGGCGCUGCAGGGUCCGCAAGCUCUGGGACUCUCGCGAAAGCAACACGAGGCUGUGAUGGACGACAAACUGGUUCGCAAACGUACACAGGCCAAGAUGCUGUCCGACCGCGAAGGACGCAGUCCCAUGGUGGAGCAUGAUCAGUACAACGGCAGCAGUAGCAACGGAGGUACUAACAACGGGCAACGGAGACCAAGCGGUCCGGCUGCUGCAUCCAAUAACAACAUCGCCCGACCAACUGCGACGGGGAACAAGAACAAUCACCUUGAGCUGUCGCGGAAAAAGACGAUGAAGAUGGUCGAAGAGACGGCCGCUGGACGCAGACGGCCCAACUACGGCUCUACUUCUGCCCAACAACCAGCCAUGCCGAGCGCUCCCGUCGCUGUCCCCCCUGCUCAACCUCGACCGGUAGCUCCAACGGGUGCUGUGCCUCCAACACACGCCGGCCGCCUCGCUUCCGGCACACAGGGUUCUUCCCAACCAGGCCGCCACGGCCCAGGGCAAACUCUCAACCACAGUGCACCUGCCUCGUCGGCUCCGUCGUCACACUCUGCGUCUCAGCCACCGUCGACUUCGAAUACUACGGCAUCGACCAGCUCGGACGAUUCCAAGAAGCCGUACAACACGUUUGCAGAGAUGGGAUUCGCGCCGCAGAAGCCCAAGAAGGAGGAAUGCAUCGUCUCCUAG